AUGGAAAAUCCAGACUUGAUAUUCGAGGAGCCGUGGAGUGCGCAGAUUAGGCAGGACCGGGGAAACCUGCAGGAGUUCAUAAAAACAACAGAAAAUGCGUGGAGCAAGGCGGUGGGCGCCCUUCCUCGGGUGUCGGAAACGCUAGAAAAAGUCAAAAAGGCUGCAAAGGAGCUUUCGCGCAUAAAACUGUCAAUGGAAGAAGCGAAGGAGGAGGUCCAGAGAAUCGAGAAGCGCACAGAAGAAGCAGAAAGCGACGUGAAGGCCAAGAGAGAAGCGCUUUCCAUACUGGACGAGAUAGUGGAAAGCAUACGCAUACCAAAGGAGGAGCUUCAAAUGCUGCAAGAGCCGGCGUUCAGCAGCAUGCAGGAGAUGGCCAUAAUAGAAGAGGCUCUGCGAAAAGCCAGAAAGUGUCUGUCUUUGGCCCACCCCCGGGCGAUUUCCAUCUGCGUGGUGAAAGAGCGGCAGGAAGCGGUAAAAAAGGUGCUAGAGAGGUUUGACAAAAAGGCAAAGGAGUUUAUCAUUCGAGACUGCCUAAAGAGCAGAAGGUCGCCCACAGACGUGCAUGAGCUGCUGAGCAGGUACACCGAAGUCAUUGCGUAUUUGGUGCAGAAGGACGCUUUCCAGGAGUGCAUGCAUGCGUACAUGGUGACCAUGGCAAAGCUGCACAAGACGUACAUGGCAAAGAAAAUUGAAGAGGUGCUUGCCCCGUUCCGCAGCAAGCGGGCUGCAGACAAGGAAGCAUUGGUUAAAAAAAUAGAGUCUAUUUUCAUAACGAUGAUACAGCUGAUGUUUUCUCUUGCAGCCACAGAAGGAUACUUCCUCACGGAGCUGUUCGCAAUGCGGGAGGACGCUGCAGGCAAAACUCUGUCAGAGAUAUUCCAGCAAGCCGAGCAGGAGAUCUCUCUGCUUCCGGGCGCUCUGUACGACAUGGGGUACGAAGUGGGGGUGCUCAACCUGCUUUGCAGCAAGUUUUCGUGGCUUUCGGAGCCUGCGUCGCCGUCUGAGGAAAUGGCCGUGCACCGAAUAGACAGCAUUGUCCCCAAGAUAAAGAAGGAGCUGCACGAGCUUGAAGGCAAGUAUCUGCAGAAGGUAAAAAAGGCCAUAUCCAAGGAGUACUCACGCGACGGGGCGAUAGACUUGGACAAGGCGUUCUACAACGUGGUGGAUGUUUCUGCUGUCCCGUCUUUGAACACAGAAGUGCUGAGAAUGAACUUGGCGUACUCCAGCAGAAUGCAAACACAGAUGGAAAAAGUUUUUCAAACCGUGAAAAGAGCAUGCAUCCUGGGGUCCAUGCAGGCCCACUACUUGGAGAACAAGGAGAAGUACAAGGAGGAGGUAGACGAGCAGUUGAACGAGGAGAUAGAAAAAAUGGCCAGCAAUCUGAUGUAUCUUGCAGAAAGCAAGGUUUUUGAGAAAGACAAAACAUCCAGUAUUGUGAAAAGAACCAAAGAGAUCAUGGACCUGCUGAACAAAGUGGAGGACCCGCUGGGGUUUCGGCUGCAGAUAGAUUUUAAGGACAUGGUGCUCUCCAAGGCGAACUUCCACGAGAAGAACGCAAUUGCUGCAGUGCUAACCGCCAACAAGAAAGAGGGCAGCACCCAAGAAAGCGCAAGCAAGAAGUAG